AUGAGUAUCACUAAAGACUUCACUUAUCAGCGCAGUUCGGAUGGCACCACUUGCACCAUUGUCGCUAGCGAUCUCGUCUUCACUCCUGACUUGAUUGACCCAAAACAGGACCAUGUCAUAUAUGCCGAUUCUCUCACCUUUGAUACAUCAAGAGGUGAUCUAUGGUUUCCUGGUCAUAGCCUAACCAUCUACGCCCGCCAGCUGUUCCAAUCCUCGCCAGGAUCUGGAAGCAUUUCCACCAAAGGGGUCGACUGUAUCCUAGGUGCUCCAGCAGGAAAGGACAAAACAAACGACGACCCGAAAGUGAAUGGGAACAAUCCCAACGGGCAAGAUGGCGACCCGGCAAAGCCAGAAGAUUUUGGCGGAGAUGCUGGCGAUAUCACCAUUGUCGUAGGUGAAAUCCCCAAAGCAAUGUCGUUCAAUGUUAGUGGCGGCAAAGGGCGUGCAGGACAGGAUGGGGGCGAUGCUGCGGUGGGACUUAUAGGCCCUUCCGGCCGAGACGACGACCUCUCUAGUAAUCACAAGAAAAGGUAUUCUGAAGGAACGAUCGGAGGCGUUGGUUGCGAAGGCGGCAAAGGGGGCGACUCAGGCAUCCCCGGCCGAGGUGGAUCGGGGGGCAUGUUCCACUGCAACACUCUCAUUGAUGUGAGGGUUUCUGGCGUACUUAUAAAUGUGGGACAUAGAGGCGGUAUGCCUGGUGAUCCGGGAAAGGGCGGUCUCAAAGGGCCUGGAGGUCCUGGCGGCAUCGGCGGAAGGAGGUACAAAUGGCAUCAUUAUCCAAUGGCGGGAGGUGAGUACAUCGAUGACGGGCGUUACGAUAAUGGGCCGCAAGGUCCGCCAGGAAAAGAUGGUCGACAACGAACAGGUUCUCUCGGUUCAAGAGGAGAAUUGUGGUUCGACACUAUUAACGACCUCACAAAGUACUUCCAGCCAGACGACCACCUUUUCGGCUACCUUCAGCUGCUUCUGCAGGUGGUCAAGGUCAAAUACCUGGACGGUGAUUAUUCCAGGACGAAAGAGAUGCUCACUUGGAUAUACGGUAUUACCAAAGCCCCCAGCACAACGGACAAGUGGCAAGGCCUGCACGAUGAAAGCCGCGUGCUUCUCGGGAGACUCUCGAGAGGCUUGGACUAUUUCGGCAACGCCGUCAAUUUCGUCCCCUUGGCCUCGUUCAAUCUAUAUUGCUCUUCAGUAACAAACAUGCUGAUUCUCGGGAGCCACAUCGAAGACGUCUUCCAGAACUUCACAACCUUUCUGGCCGACCAAACCAAAACAUACAAAGAUUUCGACGCCGCCUUCAAGCAGGCACAAGAUGUGAUCAAUGCGUACACACAGAACAGGGACACGACCAUCAAGCAAAGAAAGGCUCUUUGGGACGAGUGUUUGGAUCUUGGGAACCAGAUUGCUCAAGCGAAGCAGGUUAUGAUGGACGCGGAAGAAAAGUUCAAGGAUGCGGUCAAUCGGAAGGCCAAGUGUCUGGCCUUUAAAGACAUCCUAGGCUUGGUAGCCACCAUAGUCGCCUGCCCGGAGAAUGUGGCGUCCGUCAUGGAUUCACUUGAAAAACUGUCUGCGUCCGCGUUGGCGAGCAAGGUCAUCUCCAUCGCCGGUGAACUGCCGACAGAUUACCUCAAACUCUGCCAGACCAUCGACAAGAUAAGCAGUGACUUUACAGACAGUGCCGACCUGUUCAAGAAGGUUCAGGCUCACGUCGACGACGACGGUGCCAAGCUCGUCACCAGCGUCGAGGACUUUGACAUCAAACUUGAGGAGUUCGCCAGCAUGCCAGAGGCCGCCGACUACAAGAUCGCGGUCCACCACUACGCCAACCUGUGCACGACGCGCAAUGCCAAAAUCGUCGAGUGCUCCAAGAUGGACGAGCUCAUCCUGUCGUUCGAAGGCAAGAUCCUCCAGACCAAGGCACAAUUGGACCAACUGCAGUCGGACAAGGCAUCCCUCGCGGAUCCGACGACGGCGCCGUAUCGAAAUUUCAUGCUGAGCCUCUACCAGAACUUCAAGGACAAUAUGCUAAACUAUCUCUUCUACGAGAUCAAUGCAUUCAAAUACCGCACGCUGCAGGAUUUCGACAAGAUCUUGCAGAGUGGAAACACUUUGGCAGAGUUCCAAGUCCUCCAGUCCGACAUCCUCGCCGCGGCCAUCGACUUUGAGAAUUCCGCAGGACACGAAACCCCGUACUCGGACACCAAGCUCGAUGUGACGGCGUUGGCGGCCCCCAACUGGCAGGGUACAUUCUCCACCACCGGAGUCUUGGAUUUCCAAGUGCCACUCGACAUCCACGCCUUUGCAGGGUGGUCAGAAGUGAGGGCUCUGACGUUCCGCGCGUCUCUGGUCGGGUUGAAGUCGUCGUCGUCGUCGUCGGCGGCGGCGGCGGCGGCGAGUGGGAGUGGUGGUGGGCAAGAAGACAUCUACAUCACCCUCACCUGUCACGGUGACAGCACGAUCGUGGCCAGGGACGGCAAGAAACACCGGUUCACUCACAACGCCGUCCAGAGUGUAUACCAGUACAAACUUGGCUCGGAUGGACGGGAGCAGUACGAGGCCGGAGGGACCCUGGCGGACAGUGUCGGGACUGGCGCCGAAACAAAGACAAUCGCAUUGAGUCCCUUUUGCACCUGGUCGCUGCGUGUCCCCAGGCAAGACAAGAGUGGGAAUCCUCUCAAUGUCGGGGUUGACUUGACGACCGUGACGCAGGUGCUUCUGUUCUUUUCAGGAACUGCUGUUGGGUCUGCUGCUGGUGGUGGCGGCAGCAGCAGCAGCAGGCAAGGCAAUGAAACUUCCAAAUGGGCAGAAUGCAAAAGAAUCAGUAGACGUCAAUGGUAA